AUGGGGGUGAACACUGAUGGUGAAGAGAUGGGUCCUGGAUCAACAGUAACAGGUGGAGUUAAGCACACUGAGAAAGCUUGCGAGUUUGAACAACAUCGUGAAAAUGAGCAGAGUCCCCCUCAAGAUGCUGAUUGUGAUGUAGGAAUUCAGGAACACAAACCGGCCGAGGGAGCCGGUAAACCUCUGAUCACAUCUCUGCAAGACAUGCCAUCGCAACAUACAUCCGGUGCUUUAGAUACUGAACACAAUGAAGCACAGGGAGAGCAUGAAAAUCGAGAGUAUAGUGUACUGUCUAAUACGCCUACAUUAUUUCGACCCGAUGCAGAUAUAGAGGAUGAAAAGACAGAGCUCUCACAGGGCGCUCUUGUAAAUUUGAAUACCGACACAUCCGCUGAUGACAAGUGCGCCCAAUUAGAAAAAUGCACAACUCCUCUGCAGCCGGGGGAAAUCAGGGAAAUCCUAAAGACUGAUAGUCAUACGAAUGAUGAUUGGGAUGCAAUGUCUAACACACUACUGGAUGAAAUAUCCCCGAGUGAUGACAAAGCCAAACCAGAGCUACCAUUCGACCCUGACAUAUACCAGAUGGAUAGAGACGGAUACACACCGCUCUAUAAGGCAGCUUUAGAAGGUGAUCUCGAAGGGGUUCAGGAUCUCAUUUCACAGGGAGCAAACCCCAAUAAACCAAGUAAGGCUGGACUCCUCCCUCUUCAUGCAGCGGCUCAAGAAGGACAUACACACAUCGUUAACUUCCUCAUCCCGCAGGGAGCGGACGUGAAUGUUGAGUUUGAGCUGGGUCAGACACCUCUUCACAAGGCAGCAUUCAGUGGCUAUACUGGUAUCGUAGAUAGUCUAAUUGCAGAAGGCGCUAAUGCGAACGAGGAAGAUACAACUGGUUGGACACCAUUCAAUGUUGCCGUUCAAUAUGGCUAG